AUGAUCUCCUCAACCCCCAUCUGGCAGCUCACCGACGCAGUCGUCUCCAAAGUCACCGGCAGCCCAUUGAUCAGCUAUGACUUUGCAGUCGGUAGGACGCCGUUCUCCACCCUCAGCAGCGUCACGGCAGCCCUCGUAACGUACUACCUGGUCAUCUUUGGCGGUCGCGAGAUCAUGAAACACCGCGAGCCCUUCAAGCUCCGCACCUGGACCAAGAUCCACAACGUCGCCCUGACCGGAGUUAGUGGACUGCUCCUCGCUCUUACAGUGGAACAGCUCCUUCCCCAACUUUGGUCGCAAGGCCUCACCUAUAACAUCUGUGGCCACGGCGGCUGGACCGCGCCCCUCGAAGUGCUGUACCUGCUCAACUACCUUACCAAGUACAUCGAAUUCGUUGACACAGUCCUCCUGAUGCUGAAGAAGAAGCCACUCACCUUCCUUCACACUUACCAUCACGGCGCUACCGCGUUCCUCUGCUAUGCACAACUCCUCGGCGCGACUCCCGUCAGCUGGGUACCCAUCACCAUCAACCUCUUCGUCCACUGCCUGAUGUACAACUACUUCUACCUGACAUCUUGCGGCCGCAAGGUUUGGUACAAGCGGUACAUCACCAUGAUCCAGAUCGUCCAAUUCGUUAUCGACCUCGGCUUCAUCUACUGGGUCAGCUACAACUUCUUUGCCACCCAAUAUUUCGAGGAUAGUGCACCAUUGAUGCAGAAUCAGUGCGCUGCAAACACUCGGGAGAUUGUUGGUGCGAUGACUGAGGAUAAGGUUCGUAAGCAUGAGUUCGCUGCUUUCACUGGACUGGUUUGCUUGACCAGCUACCUGUUCUUGUUCAUUGCGUUUUACUUUGCGACGUACAAGAAGCCUGCGUCGAACAAGAUCUGUGGUGCUGGGCAGAGCAAUGCGUUGCGUGUGAAGGCUCAUGUUGAGCCGAUGGUAGCGGAAAUCACACAGAAGGUGAUGAGUGUAGCGAGGCCCUUGGCCUAG